GGGUGGGUGUGUGUCGACGUCUGGACCACUCUCUCAGUGGUGAUGUGCUCUAGCCCGCUUGUGGAAUACUCUGUACACAGCCCACUGUCAUCACGAACUAUGACAAUGGGACUCUCAUAGCGUUCAAGAUGACUACUACCACUUCAACUGCCUCCACCCCCACCCUUAAUAGUUCAGGGAAUGUCAACAUUAGUGGCUUCUUCACUGACGAGGAGCACGAGGAUAUAGGAUUCACAGAACUCCAGACGGUAGGCAUAGCCUGUGUCGCCACACUCAUACCUCUGGCCUUAACCCUCUUCGCUGUCUUCGGUUUGAGGAUGGUCUGGAAGAAUUGGAGAGGGGAGAGUGAAGAGAGAACACUGCGCCGAACAGACUCCUCAGACCCUAACAAGAGCAGUCAUCUGUUGCUGCCUGAUGAGAUAAAAACGAGUGAAUCCCAGUUUUCUGUGAUACCAGCGGAAGAGCUUGAGGAGGUGCUGACGUCUUACAACAGCGCUCCUAGCGUCAACACCAAUAACCACAACCAUACCAGCAAGUCGACAGCUAACGGUAGCAUCAUCACCAUGACCAUGAAGAACAACCACCUCAUAGUCGAGACCGAGGAGAGGAUACUCGGGGAGAGUGAGACAGCAUACACGGAACCCAGCCCGCUAGAGACGUUCGUGUCUGAGGAAGGCAGUACGGCGCUGGUUCACCACUCGGGAGAAGAACCCACCCCCAACACUGGACUGUCCCAGAGUGAUCUCAGCGUAUCGUCGGGUGGCUCGGCCAACCCCAGCUACUGCUACGGCAACCAGGUCGAGUACUUAGGGGAUGAUCGGGAUAUCCUUCACGAGACAAUGGGACUCUCAUAG